ACAAAUGUGAAGGAGUGACAGGAGGGUGAUGGCUGAUCCUUUUAUUAUGCCCCUUUUUAAUUGUAUAUAAAUACAAGUUUUAUAGUAAACUUCAUCAUCACUUGCAAUUGCCAAUACUAGAAACAAUGGAAACUACAUCUUGGAUUGCUUACUUGACAGCAUGGCUUGCCACUCUAGCCCUCAUCCUCCUCUCCCUUCAUCUCCGCCGUUGCCGGAAACUCAACCUACCACCUGGUCCAAAACCCUGGCCGAUAAUCGGCAACCUCAACCUCAUUGGUUCACUUCCUCACCAGUCCAUCCAUGCCCUCUCCCAAAAAUAUGGCCCCAUCAUGCAACUCAAAUUCGGGUCAUUCCCCAUCGUUGUUGCUUCAUCCGUUGAAAUGGCCAAAGCCAUAUUGAAAACUAAUGAUGCUAUCUUCAGUGACCGACCCAAGACUGCUGCUGGCAAAUACACUACUUAUAAUUACUCCGAUAUUACGUGGUCAUCCUACGGUCCAUACUGGCGUCAAGCGCGAAAAAUGUGCCUGACAGAGCUUUUUAGUGCAAAACGCCUAGAGUCGUACGAGUAUAUCCGAAAAGAAGAGAGGAACUUGCUUCUGAAAAGGUUGUACGAAUCAUCUGGUACCCAAAUUGUUUUGAAAGAACAUCUUUUGAGCUUGAAUCUUAACGUAAUCAGUAGGAUGGUGUUUGGGAAAAAAUACACGGAGGGAACCGGCAAAAACGAGAUUGUGACCCCAAACGAGUUCAACGAGAUGCUGAAUGAGUUGUUCUUUCUUAAUGGGGUGUUGGACAUCGGUGACUCGAUCCCUUGGCUCAGUUUCCUGGAUUUGCAAGGCUAUAUAAAGAGAAUGAAGGCCUUGAGCAAGAAAUUCGAUAGGUUCUUGGAGCAUGUGUUGGAUGAACACAACGCGAGGAGAAAGAGGGUGAAAGAUUAUGUUGCGAAGGACAUGGUGGAUGUGCUUCUGCAGCUUUCGGAGGAACCCAAUCUUGAGGUCAAGCUUGAAAGGCAUGGUGUCAAGGCCUUUAGUCAGGACAUCAUAGCUGCUGGAACGGAUAGUUCAGCAGUGACAGUAGAAUGGGCAAUUACAGAGCUAUUGAGAAAGCCAGAAAUAUUGGCCAAAGCCAUGGAAGAGCUAGACAAGGUAAUCGGCAGGGAACAAUGGGUUGGAGAGAAGGACAUUGGGAACCUACCCUACAUCAAGUCAAUUGCAAAAGAGGCAAUGCGUUUACACCCAGUGGCACCAAUGUUGGUGCCUCACGUUGCUAGCCAAGACUGUGAAAUAGCUGGUUAUGACAUUCCCAAAGGCACUAGAGCUCUUGUAAACAUAUGGACAAUCGGGAGAGACCCUAAUCUUUGGGACAAGCCCAAUGAAUUUUGGCCAGACAGAUUCAUUGGAAAGAGUAUUGAUGUAAAAGGUCAUGAUUUUGAGUUGUUGCCAUUCGGGUCCGGAAGAAGGAAGUGCCCUGGAUAUCCUCUGGCGAUUAAGGUCAUUCAAGCAAGUUUGGCUAAUAUUUUACAUGGAUUUAAUUGGAAAUUGCCUGCUAAUACUACAAAAGAUGAUCUCAAUAUGGAGGAACUAUUUGGGCUCUCCACCUCUAAGAAGCACCCACUUGUGGUUGUGGCAGAGCCUAGGCUCCCACUUCACAUGUACUCUUAAUUAUUGUAGCCUUUGAGGAUGAGACUCCUAGUGAUUGAUGUUGUUUUGCUUUUGGGUUGUAAAAUAUAAGCUCCAUAUUCUCAGUGGUGAA